AUGCCGGCCGGUGUAUCGACCAAGGAGUACGUUAAGUUUAUGGCAGCCGCAAUGCUGUCGAUGUUUGCUGGCUCCCAGGUUGUACACGCUUACUAUAAGCCAUUGCGUGAUAUUAGAACCUACGUAGACCGAGAAAUUCAGAGUCAACACCUGAAAGAGGUGAAACAAUCAGAACCAGGAACGGAUGGUAGUAGCCAAUAAAUGUGUUAAUCAUACCGUAA